GGGCGGGCGCUCGGGCACGCGCACUGGCGGGCGCGCGCGCGGACGGCCGGCUGGCGGCGGCGGCGGCGGCGGCGGCGGCUCCGGGAGGUGGUGGCUUCACUUUCCACAGGACUCAGGCGGCCACAGCGGCGGCCGCGGGCAGCAGCCUCGGAAAGCCGGAGCUGGAACGGCCGCGGGCAGCGGCGGUGGCAGCGGCGGCGCGGAGGGGUCUAAAAUGUCCACUGAGGCACCAAGAGUUGAUGACAGUCCAAGCACUAGUGGAGGAAGUUCUGAUGGAGACCAGCGUGAAAGUGUCCAGCAGGAGCCAGAGCGAGAGCAAGUACAGCCCAAGAAGAAGGAGGGGAAAAUAUCCAGCAAGACAGCUGCUAAACUGUCAACGAGUGCUAAACGAAUUCAGAAGGAACUUGCAGAAAUUACAUUGGACCCUCCUCCCAACUGUAGUGCUGGACCCAAAGGAGACAACAUUUAUGAAUGGAGGUCAACUAUAUUGGGACCCCCAGGAUCUGUCUAUGAAGGAGGGGUGUUCUUUCUUGACAUAACCUUUUCACCAGACUAUCCGUUUAAACCCCCUAAGGUUACCUUCCGGACAAGAAUCUAUCACUGUAACAUUAACAGCCAGGGUGUGAUCUGCCUGGACAUCCUGAAGGACAACUGGAGUCCGGCCCUCACCAUCUCUAAAGUCCUCCUCUCCAUCUGCUCGCUGCUCACGGACUGCAACCCUGCCGACCCUCUGGUGGGCAGCAUUGCCACACAGUACAUGACCAACAGAGCAGAGCAUGACCGGAUGGCCAGACAGUGGACCAAGCGGUAUGCCACCUAGGGGCCUGCUGCCUACCGCCCCUGCCGGACCUGUGCAAGCACAUUCACCAAGUGCAUCAAUAGCCCUGCCCACCCACCCCUCCAGACCUUGGCUCUUACUUUCCUGUUUUUAUUAAAUUUUGACCUGUUUUGUGAUGCUAUGUCAUCCGUCUCUCCUUCCUCUCCUCCCACCCUCUCCUUUCUUCCUUUUCUUUCCCCAUCUCUCUCUCUUCUUUCGUUCUAUUCCCUUUUUGAUUUCUAUUAACUUGAAAGGUUUGGGAUUUUUCCCCCACCUCAACCUGGAUGGGAACUUCUGUUUUCAGUGCAAACAAUGUUGGAUCUGUAAUAGUAAGAGCUUUCUUACGAAGCUUUGUAUUACUGUGUGGUUUUGUUUUAUUUUUGUUGUUGUUGUUUGUUUUGUUAUGAAUUUUUUUCUUUUAUGUGAUCUUUGGGAAAACAAAUUCAGAAUUAUAUCUCGUUUCUACUUCAAUGUAGUGCUUAGGGUUAAUUUUUUGUACUGAAGUCUUUAUUGGUGGGUGCAUGCUACUGGGAACAAGUUUUUGUACAAAAGCUUCAAUGAGAAUCACUGUGCAUUACUGAGACCCUGUUUAUCACUAGCCUUCUGUCCCCCACACAGAAGACUGUUGGAUUGAACAAAAUAAUAUGUAUUUUGAUUUACUUAAAGUGCUUGUAAAUUUCUUAGGGACCUGCCACUUUUGACUGUGGAUCAGUUGAUGUACACUUGUAUUAUUAAAGCACUCAAUAAAUCACUGUGGCUGAUAAAUGC